UUUUGUAAACAAUCAACCUCGUUCCUAAAAACAAAAACACUAGUGAAGCCAAAUUCAAUUUUCCUUCUCUGGUUGUUAUUGAUUAAUAAAGUAGCAUUUCCGAUUCAAAUGUACAUUGAAUAAUCUGCAUUUCAGCUUCAGCUGUUAUUCAGGUUUAAUACACGAAAAGAAAGUUUUCUUCAGUCGGGUUCGGGGCAGUGCUGGGUACAAGAGGAAAAGAUUCUCACUCGAAAUGUGGGACUCGAUGUUUCUAAGUACUUUGACGCCUAAAUUCUAUGUUGCGUUGACUGGAACUUCUUCGUUGAUCUCAGGACUGAUAUUGAUUUUUGAAUGGUGGUACUUCAGAAAGUAUGGAACUUCUUUUAUUGAACAGGUCUCGAUUAAUCACAUUAGCCCUUGGAUCAGUGGGGAUUAUAGAGACGACUCUCCAUCUGCAAAUAGCUCUCAGCCAGCCCAGUCGCCAGUGCCCGAGUGCAAAGUAUGGCGGAAUCCACUAAGUUUGUAUCGGGGAGCGGAGUACCAAAGAUUCUACUGGGCCACCAAUAAAGAACCUUUGACGUAUUACGAUAUGAAUUUGUCGGCGCAAGAUCAUCAGACUUUUUUUACUUGUGAAGCUGAUGCUGGUAAAGCCGAAUAUGAAAUAAUGCAGACAGCUUGGCGAGAAAGAAAUCCUCAAGUAAGACUGAAAGCAGCUCAUAGUGCUAUUGAAAAAAAUCCAGAUUGUGCUACUGCAUAUAUUUUAUUAGCUGAAGAAGAAGCGACCACCAUUACGGAGGCUGAAAAGAUACUCAAGCAAGCAUACAAAGUCGCAGAAUCGAAUUAUAAAAAGUCGCAGGCUCUUCUGCACCAGGGAGCGCUCAUGGAGGCACAACACAGAAGAGAUACAAAUGUCUUGAUAUACAUUAAAAGGCGUUUAGCAAUGUGUUGUAGAAGGCUGGGGAAACUUAAAGAGGCUGUGAAAAUGUUCAGAGAUUUGACUAAAGAAGUACCACCGAUAAUGAAUGUGCUCAACAUACAUGAGAAUCUUAUCGAGGUACUGUUGCAGAUGCAAGCUUAUGCCGAUGUUCAGGCGGUUUUGGCGAAAUAUGAUGACAUUUCCUUACCAAAGUCUGCUACAAUAUGUUAUACAGCAGCUUUGUUGAAAGCCAGAAGCGUGGCAGAUAAAUUUUCACCAGACAUUGCGAGCAAAAGGGGCCUCAAUAACGCGGAACUACAAGCAGUGGAAGCGAUCCACCGAGCAGUAGAAUUCAAUCCACACGUACCAAAGUAUUUAUUAGAAAUGAAGCCGCUCAUCUUGCCACCCGAGCAUAUUCUCAAGAGGGGAGACUCUGAAGCGUUGUCAUACAGUUUCUUUCAUUUGUCACAUUGGAAAGCCAUUGACGGAGCCCUAAAUUUGUUACAUUGUACUUGGGAAGGCACAUUCAGAAUGCUUCCUUAUCCACUGGAAAGAGGUCACUUGUUUUAUCCUUAUCCCACUUGUACAGAAUGUGCCGAUAGGGAGCUAUUGCCAGCGUUUCACGAAGUUUCAGUUUACCCAAAGAAAGAACUGCCAUUUUUUAUAAUUUUUACGGCAGGCUUGUGUUCUUUUACGGCGUUACUUGCUCUCUUAACCCAUCAGUAUCCCGACCUGAUGGGCGUUUUUGCCAAAUCGGUAGUUAAUUGGAUCUCUUUGCCCUUAUUCUAUCUUUAUGAAAAAGUUGAGAAUAUAGUGCCACCAAAUUUGUUACAACAAAUUAUUAGGAUAUAAGUUCUCUGUUUGUUUUUUUUUUCUAGGAUUUUUUUAUUUUGUGUUUUUUUUAUCAGUUUUUUAUUGUAAUUGUAUUUUGAUUUGAUUGUUUGCUAUAUGCAUAUUCGUGUGACGAAAAGGUAUAGAAAAGAAUGUUAGUUUGAGAGAUUUCUCCAUAAAUGUAUUAAGAGAUAAAAAUACAUGCCUAAUAUGAAGUA